AUAAUUCAUUAAAGACUUAUUUUUCAUAAAAACUGUUUACAGAAACUAAUAUUUUUUUAUUGAAAAAAUAUGGCAAACAGWAAAUCAACUAGAUACAUUUUGUAUAUAACUGUAUUGUUGGCGGCAAUCCUAUGCAAUUCAUUGGCAAACAGUUAUAGUCGUAGCGAUAAUACCUAUAUAUUGUCGGCUCGGAUAUGUAGCCGUAGCUACAAUAGCGGCGGCGGCAGCCGUACAGACACCUACUACAGGCAACAACAGCCGCCAACUGCCUAUACAUCCCUGUCCUACUAUCGCGGUGUACUCGUCCGUACCUACGAUAACGAUCGUCUACUAAUCUAUACGAUACCCGAUAUGGGUACGGUUGUGGCCGACGGCCGMUGGAUUAAYCCGAACUGGCAAUGUCUGGAUAGGAUUAGCCUAAGCGGCUGGAAAACUAUUGACGGCAUACUAAAUGUUGGCAAAUGUCUUAUGAGGCAACCCUGGGAAUCGUCGAUGGAUUGUUCAGUCAAACAGAUUAGACAAUAUCUGGAAUUAUCAUCAGAUAAUUAUGUUCACAAUGAUGAUAGACAUCCAAGUUUUCCGCCUCUUCCACCUCCUCCUCCUCCGUCCGUUUUAUUUAACGAUGUUUCGGCUCCUGUAUUAUCAUCAACCCCUGUACCCCCCCCGUUACUAGAUUUGCCCAGGUAACGGUUUAGGUGGACACGUUUAACAAUAUAAAUGAAUUAAAAAUGUAUAUAUAUAUACAAUAUAAUUACUUAUAUGAUUUUUAUUUAAUUAAUAAAUUACUCA